UUCCCUAAAAGGAGUCGGCUGGCCCGUGUGAUGUCUUUAAAUUCAUCGUUAUGGCAACUGACUCAGAAUUCCCAGCCACCUUUACAGCUGAAGACCACCACCAAACAAAGUAGUCUGCUCAGUUUCUUCAAGUCAUCAGAUUUAAAGAAAACAGAAUUUGAACCAGUGACACACAAGUACCAUUCUAGCUCUGAGCUGAACGAUUCAAGGGAGACAACUCUUAAAGCCUUACACGACAAUGGAUCCAACUCCAGCAUAGAUACAUCAUCGUCAAGUGACACUGACUCAGAAAGACUAACAGUUGCAGAUUCACCUGGAAGUAAACUAGUGCUAGGCCAAAAUACGAAAUCUGAAGUUUUUGCAGACGACGAAAAAGAAAAUAUUGAUGACAAUUUAGCAUCUAAUUACUCGCCUGUAAUUAAUGAACCAAGGUGUUUUAUUCGUAAUGAAGCUUCCAGCAAGAGAAGAUUAGCUUCUCCUGAUGUACAGUCAUUGAAAAGUUUAAGUUGUACAAAUGAUGAAAAUAAUAUUUUACACAAUUGUAGGUUGAGAGAAGGUGAAAAUUGUGAUCGUGUUGAAUAUGUUUGUGAUAGAUUAUGCACAGAGAGUUUGCAGUUUUCAGAUUCUUGUUACAAACAUUUGUCGCUGGGAGGCAACAUGCAUUCGAAACAGUAUAAAACCAGCUUGCACUGUUGUCAUGGUGAUGAUACUCCCUCUUUUGACAGUGAAAAUACCAUUCAGUUUACUGAUACCCAGAGUUGUGAUAUUUCUUUCCAUUCUCCAUUAGAUGUGGCGAGCAAUCAGCCAGAUAGCUCAGAUAGUACAAAUCUGUCGCCAUCGAUAUUACAAGGUGCAAAGGAGAAUGGCAUAAACUGUACUGAUGAUAUUGUAAGUGAGGUAGACUCUAUCAGUUUUUCGUUAACCCAUACGUGCAAUACGUUUAAUAGCCAAAAUAUUUUCUCACAAUCUUGAUCAAACUCUGUACUAGAAAACACAAUAAACUUUGCUCUAUCAGUUUUUCGUUAACCUAUACAUGUAGUACUUUUGAUAGCCAAAAUAUUUUCUCAUAAUCUUGAUCAAAGUCUGAGCUAGAAACGGGCCUAGCUUCCAUAUACACAGGUACACAGCUGCGUACCACCUGAGAUUACAGAUAUUUUUUUAUAUAUGAUGUAAAUGCGUGUAUGCUCUAUGUACUUGCUCGCCGAAAAAGUCUGCGUAUCACCUGAAAUCUCGGGCUAGGCCCCUGAGAAAACAUGAUACAUUUUAUCAAUUGGUUAUAUUGUGACACUGAAUGUGAAUCAAACUAAAGAUUUCAUUAAACCAUACAUGCAAUGGGUUUGAUAGAUAUGAAAGAACAAAUACUUUCUCAUCAGUAUCAAACUCUGACCCCAUAUAACCGUAAAUAAAAUGUGUUGAGUGCGUCGUUAAAUAAAACAUUUCUUUUCUUUCUUUUUGGUCAGGAGAAAGGGGCGG